AUGCGGGGUGCACAGGGCGUUUCCCUCCUGCUUCUCCUAGUUUCGGGGUACAGCUGGAGCCUGCAGGAUGUCAUGGAGGACCAGGUCCCUCUGGAGAGAAUCCGCUUCUGGCAGCUCCUUCCUGACAGGGAUGCAGAUCUUUCGGGGCCCCUCCUACAGCUUGGGGGCCCCAGAGAUAAGAAAUCCAUAGACCCGACGUCACUGUUCAGCGUGGCCAAGGAGCUUCAAGGCUUCGGGAAGGAGAGGGCCGGAUUCCGCUUCAGAUUCGGAAGGAGAGAGGAGGAGAACGAGAUGGAAAAAUCGGAGCCAGAACUGGAGGAGCGCAGCGCCGCCACCGCCCUGGGGUCACUGGCCGAGGAACUGAACGGGUACAACCGAAAGAAAGGCGGCUUCAGCUUCAGAUUCGGGAGGCGAUAGGUAAGCGCCCUGCGCCCCCACCUCCGAUCCCUGCGGGAACCCUCCUAAUCAGUUUUCGCUCUCCUCUUCAUCCCCUCUGAGCCUCCAGUGUAAAAGUCACCGGCGCCGUCCUGCAACCUCAACAUCUCAGCAAACACCGGCAGAAUCCAAACUCAAACAAUCGAUAACGUCUUCUGUAACAAAGACAA